AAAACAAAAUUCAAAACGUUGGGCUUGGCUCAUUGAGGCAUGAAAGCGGGAUGGAGAUUGAAGAAAACCACCGCAACCACAAGCGUUCCCGCGUCGGCAACGGCAACCAGGCCGCCGCCAAGCUAGACGACGACGAGGACGACGAAGACCAGAACAAGGAGCUAAGCAUUAUCAAUAACAACAGCAGUAGCAGCAACCGAAUGAGGCCUUGGCACCAUCCUUCAUCGAGAAUUUUUCGAGUCUCGAGAGCCUCCGGCGGCAAAGAUCGACACAGCAAAGUCUAUACAGCGAAAGGGCUUAGAGACCGUCGGGUUCUCUCAGUUUCUACGGCCAUUCAGUUUUACGAUCUGCAAGAUCGUCUUGGUUACGAUCAGCCCAGUAAAGCUAUUGAAUGACUGAUUAAGGCUGCGGAGUCUGCCAUUGCCGAGCUCCCCUCGCUUGAUACCACUUUCCCUGAUUCGCCAUUGGAGCUUCAACCAUGGCCGAGCGAUUCUGGGAUUGAUCCUGAAGCUGAUCCCAGCUACAAUCAGCAGCAGCACAGCAGCGCGUCGGAGACCAGUAAAGGUUCGGUCUUGUCGCUGUCUAGGUCGGAGAGUAGGGUAAAAGCGAGAGAAAGGGCGAGGAGGUCAGGGUUUAAUGGGGGGGGUUUAGAGAGAGAAAGGAGAGCCACAUCAGCUCUUAAACACAGAUUAAGCCCCCACGUGCAACGCACGUGA